AUGGAGCAGAGCAGCCAAACGCUCCGCACCAGACGCCGCCCGCCAAGCGGGCUCCUGUCGAGCAGUUUGUCGGCCGGGGCGAGCGAGGCGCACAGCGUGGCCCCGACCACGGAGGGGGAAGAGUCGGAGGGCUCCGGCGACUAUGACAGCGAAGAGCUCGAGGAGAUCUUCUCCAUCGACGAGUGGCUCAAGGACCUGGACCACAACGAGAUCAAGCACACGGCCAAGAUCGAGCACAAGAAGCGCGAACGACGCGACCGAUUCCCCAGGCACCCCCCCCCAAACCCUCUCCAAACAAGCCAACUGACGCUGGUCUUGAAGGGGAGCCGGAGCCGGGCGCUCAACUCGCCCAAGUCCGUCUCCGCUCGCCCGUCGAGCCCUCCGGCGCCGGAGGAGAGGGACGAGCAGGCUCGCACGGGGGGCAAGAAGCAGAAGCCCCGACCGCGGAGCCUGCCGCGGCCCCUCUCGCCCCAGCACCACCACCACCAGCAGCAGACCGGCGCCAAGCAUGCCGUCUCGUCCGACGCCACCAGGCGCAUUCCCACCAUCAACGCCUCCGCCGCUGCCGCGGUGGUCACCACAGAGACGACAGCCACGGCGACCUCUUCUUCUUCACCAUCAUCGUCGUCCCCGAAGAGGCCCACGCUACGAGAUGUGGCGGAGGGCGGGCACGAUCGAAGCGACGCAGCAGCAGCGGCACGAGGGGCAAGAAACGGAGAAGAGGAGGAAGACGACGACGACGACCUGGUGGAGCACCCCUACGUGACAAAGAAGCGGACGAGCAGCUUCACCGCCUUCCUCACGCCGCGGCGCCGCGCCCACACCCAGUCCGACGACUCGCACCCGGCCGUGGCGAAAGUUGAACACAGCCCCAGCCGCCAGCACCAGGAGAGCCUGUGGCGACGUAGCAUCACCCUCAUGGGCUGGAAGUCGCCCCGCAACCACCACCACAACAAACAGCAGCAGCAGCAGCAGCAGGCCCGCAGCCCCCGACGCGGCAGCGACGACGACCACUACGAUUUUAACUCCGAUCCAGCUGCGGACGAACAUCAUCGCGAAGGUGCACGCGACGAAAAGAACGAAGAGCAGGGGGAGAAGGGGGAAGGCCACGACAACCAUCAUCAUCAUCAUCAUCAAGACAGGGCGGGCAGCGGCAAGCACGACCGGCGGGGAAAGAAGAAGCAGCGCGCGGAGGGUGAAGAGGCGGAGGAGGAAAAGAACGAAGACGGCGACGACGCCGGCGAAGGCGAAGCUGAAGGCUUCUGGCGUCGGAACUCGCGUCGGCUGAGCCUGCUCAUCAAGUCGCCUCGCCGGCGGAACCACAACACGUCGGCCGCUGCCGUGGCGGUGGCGAGCGAGCGGAUGGAGCACGCCGAGCGCACAUCGUCGACGACGCAGGCCCGAGAGCUGCAGCGCCGGCGCGACACAGAGGUCGACGAGGCGUCGGCGUCGUCCAUCUACCUCCGCAUGCAGCUCGACUUCGAGGCCCGGCUGGCCGCGCGCCCGCCCACGCCCUCCCACAGCCCGCGCAACGACGACGACAUCGACAACGGGGGCGCGUGGACGAUCGAUCAUCAGUUCUCGGGUCAGCAUCAGUUGCACAAUCCACAUCAGCAGCGGCAGCAGCGGUGGCUGGGUGGUGAUGAUGACGGGGAAGAGGUGAUCGCGCUCGAGAGCGGGCGGCACUACGGGCGGCGGCGGGGGUCGAGCACUGUCUUGUACUCGCCGCGCCCGGCCACGACGUCGAUGAUGGCGGCGCGGGCGAUGGAGCUGGCAACCAGCCAGGCGGCGAUCAGCGUGAUCGCGACCACCACCGCCAGCCAGGCGGCGGCGGCGAGGAGCGAGGGAGGCGACCAAGGGGAGGAGGGGCCGGCCGUACCGGCAGACGACGCACCGCACACGAGCAGCAACAGCAGCAACAGCAGCAGCCGAAGCGACGAAGCCGCUGCCACCUUGCCCAAGGCCAAGGCCAAGGCCAAGAAGAAGCGGAGGAAGGCCAGGAAAGAAGUGGAGGUAGAAGUGGACGUGGAGCGGGGGCAGAAGACGAAAAGGACGAUGAGCGGUGAGGAGGGAUCCGCGAGUCGGACGCCCACGCCAAGCCCGGGAUGGCGAAGCCGCGUGCGACGGAUGUUCUCCCGCGGUGGCGGAAGUGGAAGCGGCAAGGACCACAAGACCGUGUAG